UUUAUUUGGAAAGAUCCGUCGUCAUGCCUGAUCCGUCCAAAUCAGCUCCCGCACCCAAGAAGGGCUCCAAGAAAGCUGUUACUAAAGCGCAGAAGAAGGAUGGCAAAAAGCGUAAGCGCAGCCGCAAAGAGAGUUAUUCCAUCUACGUGUAUAAGGUGUUGAAGCAAGUGCACCCGGACACCGGGAUCUCUUCCAAGGCAAUGGGCAUCAUGAACUCGUUCGUGAACGACAUCUUCGAGCGCAUCGCUAGCGAGGCCUCCCGUUUGGCGCACUACAACAAGCGUUCUACCAUCACGUCCCGGGAGGUGCAGACGGCUGUGCGCCUGCUGUUGCCCGGCGAGUUGGCCAAACACGCUGUUUCGGAAGGUACCAAAGCCGUCACCAAAUAUACCAGCUCUAAAUGAGGUGCAUCUCGGUGCCCGGAAACCCAAAGGCUCUUUUCAGAGCCACUUACAAGAUCGAGAAAGGGUGUCGAACACGUGAAGGGUUUGUUAUGUAAAAGCAUCCCUUGUCUACUUCGUGGUGGCUCCUAGGUUACUAAGAGCGCGCCCGGAUUCCUCUCCCACCUCCCUGCCCCAUAGACGUGUGCGCGCGCGUGUAUGUGAGCAGAAUGCGAAAGUAUCAGUAUUUCACCAGUGGUCGGGGAUGGGCUGGCGAGGAAAAAGAACAGUGCGGGAAACAAUGAAAAGGCUGCGUGUCCACCACUGCUUCCACUCAAAGCUAGCGACGCUUCACUAAACAGAAUCGGAGCCUUGAGUUCAAGUGUCUCUAGGGUCUGGAGAGUACCAUUUCCGACGCUUGCGGGCAUGGUACAAUUUUGUGUGCGCAGGAUGUUCGCCUGUGGGUGGGUGGCGCGGGUCUUCAUCACCACCCCCCCCCCCCCCCCCCCCCCGCCCAAUCUCCCGCUUCCCCAGAGGAACUGUAUGCCAUUCGAAUACCUCCGUGUUUAUUAAUGAGGGUGUUGUACAGCUUUGGCGCUGGCGCCUGGCGAUGCAUCUCUGCCCAGACCAGAUAUCUUUAUCCUAAGGCAGUGAACAUUUACGGGAGGAUGUUUGCAUGUCUGGAUUCUUCAAAGGCGGAAUGUUUGAAACCGAAAGGAAAAUGGAAGCAUGGUGGAACACAGCUCUCUCUGCUCGAGAACUGGAUGUAGUAAGCCCACCCCGGCUGCAGGUACCUAGGGCGGGACUGGGGAGAGGAGGGCAAUUUAAGAGAAAAUUAACCUUUUUCUCAGCAAAUGUAAACUUCCACUUCAGCCCUAUUAUUCUCAGUGACGCACUGGUGACGCAGAAUUUUCCCUUUGAGUUCAUGGCAUUCAUUUGGAAAAUGUCAUCUUAGUUCAGAGAAAGUGCUUUAGCGUGAAGAGUUCACUCAGGAAGAUAUCACCUACCUUUUUUGCCUGUUUUUUCUUAUUUGUAAGAAGGGGAUUUCAAAUAAUCACUUUCUUGACCUGUUUUGAGAAUUAGAUAUGUUGAAAGGUCGUGUCAUCUCGGGCAAGGAACUGACGUUCACUUAAAGGCUAACAACCAGGCUUUUGCAAAUCAUGUCCAAAGGAAGAAGGUUGCAUGCUUGAUUCGGUUGGUAGGGCUGGGCUGGAGAGAAAACGUGCCCACGGCCACCGUGUCCUCAACCACAGCGGCUGGAAAAAUGCCCGCCUCAUUCUUUUUUCUACAUGGGUCCACUGUAAAAGAAUUUCUAAAACUCCACACAUUUUUAAGUUGGCGUCCAAAAUACUUCAUGCUUGGUCAGUAGUUGCAAGAAUGCAAAUCUCAAGACAGGACGUUUUACAAAACAAAAUGGUCUCACAUCAGUUUUUUUAAAGGUUUCUAUUGAAAUAGCUAUUCAGUACCACAGUCAGUUUAUAGAAUACACUAUUAAAAUUAUUCGUUAGCACAAAGCUAGUUUAGGUAAUUCUUUUUUCACCUCGAACUCAUUUUCAUUCAACUUCAGAUUCAGCAUUUUAUCCUAAUGUAAGAUAUGUCUAUUUAGUGUUUUAUCUAUCUCCUUUAUACACAAAGAUGGAAAUUGAGAUUUAAAAACUUGUUGGUGAGCAGAAAUAAGUUUAAAAAUCUUCUGGACAACACACAAUUGUUUAAAUAAGUUUUGACAGGUAUUGACAGGUAUAUAUAAAACCGAAAAUAAAACUUUAGUGAAAACUGUGUCAUUUAAAGAUCUGGAUAGUGGUGUCUGCCUCCCACACCUUCCUUUCUUUUCUGAGUUAACUUGUGCACUCAUGGGCACAUAGUAUUGUUAGAGUGAAAGCAGUGUGUAGGCAUUAUUUCUUUUCCUUUGUUCUCUUUUAUAGAUGAGUAUUUGAACUUAUCUGUACUUAUCUGUAUGUUCUAUCAUCUGUACUUAUCUGUAUGUUCUAUCUGUAUUUGAAAAUACUCAUAUGAACAUAUCUAGUGUUCGAACCUGUUUUUUAUAGUCUGAAACAGUGUUCAGAAAAAUAAAUAACUUCG